CCAGAGUGCACAGCAACAGUGGAGGAUGCACAGACUGCCAAGAUCAGGAAAACAUACAUGGAAUUUGACAGAAACUCCCAGCUCCUGCUCCGCUGCACUGCAUCCCCAGGCUUGGUCCACCGCUGCCGCUUUAUUCUAAGGAUUUAGCCGAUUUAAAUUCAGGCUCUAAAGGCGCAAACUUCAGGAAACUCUUGUCAACACUCAGAGCACAUUGGCAUCCGGUACAACUUUUAAAACGUGGAUUAUGGCUUCGUUUGUGAUCUCAGUAAGGAUGAAGUGGUCAAUACACACCAUCACUGACAACUAACAAGAGACAUCCUCUCCUGUUACUAUCAGCCGUCCUUUUUGUGAGACUUCAGCCCAGCGUACGCUCACACAAAACCAGGAAUUCCUGCUGCGAAACGAAGACCCCAAGGUCAAAAAUUAGGGGUCAGGGGGUCGCUGUGUUGAGGGAUAGCCUACAGCUCUCUAUCGUUUUUUUCAUUAUGUUGUUCACUGAGCCCCACUGUAUUGCAUUAUAAUGCGCAAAUGGAGGCUGACACGGAACCUUCAAAAUCUAUUCUCUGGACUCUACCUGCAUGCAAUCUUCCUGUUGGGCAGUGUGUGUGUAGUCUAUGGUGACUGCACUCCAGAGCAACUGGCUGCCAUCAAGAACUGCUCCAAGCAUGAGCGCCACACAAGGAACUACGAUUACAUGGAGGGAGGAGAUGUGCGCAUCCGACAGUUGUUCAGUGCCACAAACUGGUUCCUACAGAUCGACGACUCCGGAAACAUCAGUGGGACUCAAGAUCGCACCAACUGCUACAGCAUCCUGGAGAUCCGAAGUGUGUCUGAGGGAGGCAUACUGGCUAUCAAGGGUGUAAAGAGUCAGUAUUAUAUUGCUAUGAAUAAAGCUGGAAAGCUGAAAGGCAAGAGGAUCUACAAUGAAAACUGCAUCUUCAAGGAGAUUUUUCUAGAAAACAACUACAGCGCCUAUUCCUCCACAAAGUGGACGAACAACGGCACAGAACUGUUCAUAACUUUGUCCAAAACUGGAAGGCCAAUACGAGGAAAGAAGAACAACAAGAUAUCUCAAUCCUCUCAUUUCAUCCCAAUGAACUGCAAGAAACAAGAGAUGAUGCUGGAGUGAGGAGUGAAGGACUGGGAUAGCAGUAAUUGGGAAUGUUUUGAGUCAACGAGAAUAUGAUCAACAUGAAAAUAUCUUAUUUUUACAUCUGAAACAGAUGGAUCAUUGAUGGGUUCAUUUACAUUCUCAAACAGAUCUCAAGUAAAAUUCUGAAACCCUUAAAUGUAGAAGCAAUAUCACAAUUUAUUUAGAAUUAUUAAAACAAUUAAUAAAACACUUAAAAAUUCACAUUUUUUUCUUUGCAAAACAAGAUGCCAUAGUCCAGGUGAUCGCAACUCUUUUCCUUUUAAUCCAAAUUGGAUCCAAAGGCUAACAGACGAGGACACCAGUUCAAUCCACAGAACUUUCAGAAUGCCGUCUGCCAUUGAACAGGAAGUGCUGAAGCAAGCUGGACUUGUUUUUUUAUCUCUAUUUUUAAAUUGCGCAAGAAUUCACUAUACUCAGCAAAGAUGAAAUGAAUAAAAAUAGGAUAUCCAGUUAUGGAAGUAUUCCAGUAAAUAGACAAAAAACAUGCAGAGAAAGUAUGUUUAGGACAAAUGUAUCUUGUCUGUCAAACAUCUAUGGCCUGCAGCUGCUCCCUGAUCUUUUCAUUAGUAAAGAGCUGUUUCAAAAUGCUAAUCUGCUGCUGAAAAAUUAUCCAGAAUAAUCAUGAAGUGAGCACAUAAUGCUAAGCUAUGUAAUCUUUUUUGUAACCUUGUACUCCAUCAGAACACAUAUUUAUUUAUAAAGAGAUAUUCUUUGGUUUCUGUGUUAUUAUUAUACAAGUCAGACAACUCAACAAUAAACCAUAAAAAGCAUGAUCUAUUUUACCUUUUUCACAAACAUUAUCUCAGUCUUUGCUAUACUUUUUUCAUUUAUGGCUAUUGGCUUUUCAUUAUAUAAAGCUGAUUUGUUGUAUGUUAAACUUUCCUUAAUAAGUGCAUCGUUCUACCUUGUUGCUUUACUGUGAAAGAACUGCAGCUGAGUUUUGCAAGCUGUCUUCAAGGGUUUGUUUCCACUAGAGAGAGGGUAUAACCAACCUCAAAAUAAACUCCUUCCAAAUGCUUGUACAGUCUCUUUGGUAACAUGUCAACAGGCUAUCCAGCGGAUCCAUCAGAUGGUAAAUUUUGCAAUAUUUACAAGCAAUUUUAGUUGGUUUUGUCUGAGAUUUGGUGCCUCGAGCAUCUUGAGGAACAGAACCUGCAUGUGAACCACAUGAACUGUGCUUUUAUCCUGCCGUUGAUGAAGCUGUUGCUAAGCAUAUCAAGAUGUGAAGGGGAAAGAGAGAAUUGUAUUUUGCUUACACACUGUGAUCACAUUCAGCACACCUGAAACAGAAGAAUGCAUUGUAAAAUGAUCUAUUUAUUUAGUCUAGUAUCAGUAACAACAAUAAUCCUGUUAUCCAAUUACAGCUUUCAAAUGUCUGUAAACUCAACUCUGAUCUGUUAUUUUUGCUGAGAGUUGGAUUCUAAUAAAAAUGUCUGUUUGGAAA